AUGUUGGUCCCCGAACCAAACGAGCGGGCCUGCUAUUCGAGGCCCGACUGCGUUGCCGUGAGUGAAUAUCUGUUUAAAGCAGAUAGUAGUACGAGGUUCGAGCUCAACAGGGAGGAAUUUGAGGUGAUAGAGGACAUUUACAAGAGGCCUUUGAAGCUUCGGCACUUCGAUCACCUGAUUGAUAGAAGCAGAUACUUCUUGGACUUCGGGCUGAUGGCAUCCAGAGAUAAAUUCAAGAAGAGGGAGUACCCAGCUCCAGAUAUGGCCUCCAUCUUGAAGGCCACUUCUACUGCAAAGGCGAGGCCCCUGAAGCCCGGAUCCAGUGGAGCAAAGGAAGUUCGAGGCAGGGUUGAGCGCCUGUCGAAGGACUGCACUCCUAGGGCCAUGGAGAAGGCAUCUACUCAGAGGCCAGAGAAGCCUAAGGAGCCUCGGGGCAAGGAGAAAGUCUCUGAGGAGACUAAGAAGAGGAAGCUGGUGCACAUCUCCAGCUCAGCUGGCAAGUUCGGGACGUCAGUGUCCCAUAGGGCAGAACAGACCGGUGAGCCAAAGCUCCUUGCUGCAGCCUCUAAGGCCAUCAAAAUGGAGAUGGUAAGAGAGGUGGAGGCUGAAGAGGCCAGAGAAGAGGCUGCAAGUAGAGCUGCGGAAGCCGCCGAAGAGGAGGCGGCGAAGGAAAGGCCGGUUCGGGAGAAGGGGAAGUCUCCUAAUUUCCUAGCUGGGAGGAAGGAUGAGCUGGCCCCAGCCUUGCUUCACGCCUCGUCUUGUGAUGCCACCGACCUCACGAGGGCAUUGGUGAGCCAAAGCGCCCGGACCUUUGGCCUCGCGCUGGAAUGCAGGGAGGCAUUAAGUGAAUUCCAAACAAGGACUCACGCAUUGGAGGGGAAGGCUGCUUCCCUUGCAGAAGAGGUCAAAGCUGCUAAGGUUGAGGCCGAGGAAGCCAAAGCACAAAGGGUUGAAGAAGCGGCGAGGCUCGAGUCUGCGUUGACCCAAAUAGAGGUCCUCAAGAGGGAAGUAUAUGAGUCACAGUGUGAGGUGACUGCUGAGGCUCUGGAGCAAGCAAAUCUCGCCUUGGCCGGCGCUCGUGAUGCCAAUCAGUUUCUCGAGGGGUAG